CUAGGUGGAACUCUACCUACCUCAUGUUAGAAACCGCACAAAAAUUUGAAAAAGUGUUCAUACGUAUGGACUUUGAGGAUGAUAGUUAUUCUUCAUACUUUAUGAACAAGGAGAAUAGUGGUGGUAUGGGAUCUCCUAGUAGUAUUGAUUUUCAAAAUUGUAGGAUAUUUGUGGGGUUUUUGAAGCUUUUUUACAAUGCUACAAAAAAGUUUUCAGGUUCUUUGUAUGUUACUGCCAACACCUUUUUUGAUGAGAUGUUUGUCAUUCAAGAGAAUAUUUCCAAUUUAAGUAAAUCACAAAACCACCUCUUGAAAAACAUGGCAACUAAAAUGGAAUCUAAGUUUGAUAAGUAUUGGGGGAAAGGGGAUAAAAUGAAUCAUCUCUUGUAUGUGGCUGUGAUUCUUGAUCCAAGAAAGAAGUUGAGAUUUUUGAAGUUCUGUUUUUCUGAAAUUUAUGGAAAUGAAGUGGCUGAUGUGAUGGUUGAAUUGGUGAGGGGUGCCUUGGUCAAGUUGUAUGAUUUUUAUUCUCGUGUUGAUUCAUCAAAUGUACAAGUAGCAAGUGAGAGGGAGAGGACACACAUAGAAGGUGAGUCAAUAGGUUGUAGUGAUCCAUAUGUGAUGGUUAAUUCUAGGUUUGAACGGUUUUUGGAGGCUGAGCAGUCCAUAGGGUGUAGCAAUGAGAUUGACAAAUAUUUGGCUGAAAAUUGUGAAAGUAGAAGAGGGGAUGUGAAAUUUGAGAUAUUAGGGUGGUGGAAGGCUAAUUCAGAUAGAUAUCAAGUGCUGUCCAAAUUGGCUAGGGAUGUGCUGGCUGUACCUGUUUCUACUGUUGCUUCUGAGUCAGCGUUUAGUACCGGAGGACGCAUACUUGAUCCAUUUCGGAGUUCACUCUCCCCACUUAUGGUUCAAAAUCUGGUUUGUGCACAAGACUGGCUUCAAGCCUUGGUUCCAAUUUCUUUUCGCAAAUCAAAAGAUGAGGUAGAGGUCUUGGAAGAUGAAUUUCAUGAUUUAGUUAUACGUCAAGCAGCAACAUGUGGUGGAAGUUCAAGCUCAAGCAAAGGUAUCUCAAUUAACAUUGAUGACUAAUCAAAAACUGGGAGGAAGGACACACAUUUUGUAUAGGAGGCAGAUUUUUGGAUGCAAUUUGGAAGUUUUUUUGGACAGUGCUUUUCUAACUGAUAAUUGAUAAAUUAACUCUUGCUUAUAGGAAAGAAAACUUAUUAAGUUUAAUAGGCUUUCUUUUCUAUAAGUCAUGGACUAAACUCUAUAUAGUAG